AGAAAGGAGCGCCACGAAUCAAUCAUAAAUUUCAUAAAUAAUAAAAAAUAAAAAAAAGGAAAAGACUGGAAAAAGGAAGUCUUAUUUUACAAUCCCAGACAGUGAACAGCUGCACCACACUAAUCACUCUCUCUCUCUCUCUCUCUCUCUCUUUCUCUCUCUAACAUACACCAUGCAAAGGCAGUCUCUGGGCUCACCUAACUCGAAGCUCCAUAGCCAUGGCGGAGCUAAGGAAGAGUCUCUCAUAGUGGAAGAUGACCCCAAGCGCAAGGACCUCUUGGUCUCUUCUUCAUCCAUUUCCCCCGAUUACGAAGACGAUCACAAAGCAACAAAGCGUCACCGCCUCUCCACCUCACCGCCUCCUAUCAAGCCUGACAAGUUCAUCCACCUCAUCCCUAUCCUCACUCUCAUCUGCUUCCUCAUCCUCUAUCUCUGCUCCCACAGCCCUACCCAAUCUGAUUUGGCUCACUUUAAGGGAUUCAAAUGGCCUGCGAAGCGUUUAGAAGACUCUGCUGGAAACGAAAUCGGCGAUAUAGACCGAUUCAUGGAGCUCCCGAAAGGCGAUGUUUUGGCGAUUCGUGGCAUGAGGAACUUGCAAGGGAUCAAAAAACCCGCCCCGAAAUAUCGCAACCACCGAAAACUCGCCGAUUUUUAAGCCGCAUUUUCCGGUUCCUCUCCUUUUCCGUCCUCUGUACUACUCUUCUUCGUUCUCUCUUCGUCUUCUCUAUCUCUACCAACCCAACUCUGAGUUGGCACGUUCGAGUCCAACUCACGCGUGGGAAUUCCCGCGUGCGCCACUUGUGCCGUAUUCUUUUCGCACGUGUACAUUCAUUUAUAUGAUGGAUUUUGUUAUUCUGUUUUUUUUUUUUUUGUGAAAAAAAAAAAAAAAAAACUUUGGAAAGCACAGAAUAAUACAAAUAGGAUAUUUUUGUGUAUAUAAAUAUUUAUUUUAUAUCGCGAUUGCGGUACGCUAAAGUGAGCCUGGCAAGGCGUGCUAACGGGCGCCUGGUGAUAGGAAAACAGCUGGAUGUUCGUACUAAAAAAGACCGUUACUGCACCUUGAGUUUCGGGUUUGGAGAUAUGCCAGCCUGGGGAAAAGUUUGCACCGUGGGUGGGUAUCAGAUACUUCUAGCAUCCAGGGUUCCCGAUGUUUUUCUCUUUAAUUGUGCCCCCUAAGUUGCACAGGAUUUCCGUCCUUCUGGGCUUUAUCUGUUUCCAAGUCAUUGAAUAAAAUGUUUUAUCUUAUCGUAGAAGAUAAAAUGGAUUAAUUUGAAUAAUGAUAGAAAAGUAUAGUGGGACAUUUCUUUUUUGGGUGUCAAUAGCAAUCAUUGGUUUAUAUUGAGUUAUCAUUAUUAUGA